UGGUCCCGUUCUGUGUGAUCCUUGCCCCCUCUCUGCAGCAGCCGUGUCCCUGCGGAGGCAGCCGGAGGCUGGGUGGGCUCAGGGCCUCCGUGCGGUGCCUUGCAGAAGGCGCUGAUGUGGGAGUUGGAGCGUGUGCCCAAGACCUUUGAGGAGCUGCAGCAGAGCCUGGAGGAGCAGAAGAAGACGCUGGUGGCCCAGCUGGGGCAGAUGUCCCAGGAGCUGGUCAGUAGGAGUGAUGAGUACACGUCCAGGGUUUUGGAGAGGCAGUCGCUGCUGGACACGGUGAUGGCGCAGAUCGAGGAGAAGCGGGACCAGCCGGCGGUCGCGUUCCUCAUGGAUGUUGGCACAAUCCUGAGCAGCUGUGAGGCAGCCAAGGCCCCGAUCCCAGAGCCAGUUUCCCCAGAGCUGCAGAGGAGCUUUAGGAGCCUUUCUGAGAAGUGCCAGCAGGUCGUGGACAUGGUGGAUAAAUUCAGAGGUAAAGCCCUGCUGGCUCUGUGCUGUGCUUCCCUGGGCUGGGCUGGCAGUGGGAAAUCCUCACUGCCUGGAGCCUCUGCCUGGGGCUCAGGAGCAAAACGGCUGCUCCAGAUGGGAACCAUGCCCAGGCUGGGCUUUGCUGGAGCCUGGGGCUCCACAUCUGCCUUGCUGCCCUGAUGGGGAGCAGGAAAGGUGCCACAGGAGAGACACUCAUGCAUCUCCCUUUGCUUCUUCCAGUGAGCCUGCAGAGCGACAUAGACUGGGGCAUAAGGGGUAAGUUUCUGGAGCUGAUGAGCACAAGUGAGGGGGAAAAGCUUUCCAGGAUGAGUGUCCUCAUGUCCUUGGUGCAGAGAUAGGCUCACACCUCACAUGUAAACCCAGCAUCUGUCUCAGCUGAGUCCUGUUGUUCUGGCUAGGCCUGCUUUAACAAUCCAGGUCUGUCCUUGUGCCAGGCAGCGCCAGGGAUGCUGUCCUGCCACGCCAGGCCAGGCCAGGCCAGCAGGAGGCCGUGUCAGCUGUGCCCAGUUAAGCAGAGGGGCUGUACAUGGUUUUAGCUGGCAUUUAGGCGUGAUCAGAAGUGCUUUUGCAGGUGCUCAGGGCCCACACGAUGCGGCGUUGCUGGGCUGAGGUCUGCCUGGCCCCAUUGGUGCUGAGGCCGCUCUCCACACUCUGCGUUUUUGGGAUGAUGCACUGGGGCUCAGCAGAGUCGUGCCUCAGUUUCCCCCCUGCAGUGCCGGGAGGAGUGGGGUUAGCAGAGGGUCUGGGUUGGUGACACGGCACAGUGACAGCUGUGUGGCCUUGUGGGAUGGCCACGGGAUGGCAGCAGAGCAUCCCUGGUGGAUGGGCAGCUGCGGCUCUGCAGCCAGGUUGCCAGCUUGCCUGGCAGAGCAGGGCUGCGAGCUGGGUGAGCCCCUGUCACAGGAGCAGGGCCUGGCCUGGCCCCUCCUGCCCUGCAGCAGUGCCUGCUCACAGCCACGGGAUGCUCUGCUCCCCACAGGCUGCAAUAUCCAGCAGAUCUGGGAGCAGGUUGAGCAAAGCCCAUCCUGUCUGUCCCCUGCAUGUGGGGACAGUGCCUGGCUCAG